AUGUCUGUUGUACCUUCAGUUGAUGAGAAGAAGUCUCAUCUAGAUAAAUCAACCGGGAUACCCCGCAUUAUUAAAGAUUUCGUUACUAAUUAUGGUACACCACCAGACUUCAUUUCAAGAUCACCAGGAAGAGUGAAUCUAAUUGGUGAGCAUAUCGAUUAUGCCGAUUUUUCCGUUCUUCCCAUGGCAAUCGAAGUUGAUGUGCUUUGUGCAGUUAAGAUUACAAAUGAUAGGGCACACCCAAAAAUUGUCUUGAACAAUUCCAACCCUAAGUUCUCGACAAGAUGUUUUGAACUUCCAUUGGACGGGUCUCUCGUUCCGAUUGAUGCUACGAUUUCCGACUGGUCUAAUUAUUUCAAAUGUGGUUUACUGGUAGCUCAAAAAUAUUUGAAAGAGCAAUUCCCUGACCGCUUUGAAUCGGCAUCCGUCAAGGGAUUGGAUGUUUUUGUUAGUGGAAAUGUCCCUACAGGCGGCGGGCUUUCUUCUUCUGCCGCUUUUACAUGUGCGGUGGCCCUUGCUAUUAUUAGAGCUAAUACAUCAAAGAACCACAAGGUCUCUAAGCAAGAUCUGAUGCGUAUAACUGUCACUGCUGAACAUUACGUGGGAGUUAACAAUGGCGGGAUGGAUCAGGCUGCAUCUGUAUGUGGUGAAGUUGAUCAUGCGUUAUAUGUUGAGUUCAAGCCUGAAUUAAAAGCAACUCCAUUUAGAUUUCCAAAACUUCAACAUUCCGAAAUCAAAUUUAUUGUUGCCAACACGUUGGUAGUCUCAAACAAAGUUGAAACUGCACCAACCAAUUACAACUUGAGGGUCGUCGAGGUAACCGUUGCUGCAAAUGUGUUGGCCUCGCAUUUUGGGCUAUCCUUGCGACCAGAUGGAAAUUUGAGGAAAGGCACUCUCAGAGGAUUCAUGGAUUCUUACUAUGCUAAGUACCAUGGCAUUACUGCACCUUGGGACGGAAAUGUGGAGCAUGGAAUUGAAAGAUUGAAUGAAAUGUUAAGGUUACUUGACAAAGUCCUCCGACCAAACGGAUACACUGUCGAGGAAGCCUCCGAAAGCAUGGACUGCUCUGUGCAAGAAUUCGGGCAAUUGUACUUGACUCGAUUUCCCGUUAAAUUCAAUAUUUUGAAACUUUAUCAGAGGGCGAAACACGUAUAUUCCGAAUCUUUAAGGGUACUAGAAGCUCUUAAGUUGAUGAAAACGAAAGUUUUUGAGUCUGAUGAAGACUUCUUCACCCGCUUUGGAAAUUUAAUGAAUGAAUCUCAAAAUUCGUGUGAUACGCUAUACGAAUGCUCAUGCCCUGAAACUGAUUUGAUUUGUGAGAUAGCAAGAGCAAGCGGUUCCUACGGCUCAAGACUGACGGGUGCCGGUUGGGGUGGUAGUACUGUUCAUUUAGUUCCUUCGAAUAAAGUUGAAGAGGUGAAAGAAGCUUUGAUUGAACAAUACUAUAAGAAGAAAUUUGAAGACAUAAACGCGGAUGUAUUAAAUGAAGCCAUCCUUGUGUCUAGGCCAGCUUUGGGUAGCUGUAUUAUUGAGUUAUGA